UUCCGUUGACAUGAUCAGCCAUGAGCAGCCUCCACCUCCGCCCGACUUCCGCCGCCAAUCCACAAUCAUUAUUAGAUAGUACAUGUGCCUAAAAUAUUUGUGAACCCGUAUAUUAAUCUUGGAGACUGCAAGCCGAGCUCACUGCAAAAAUUCAACGCAAAUAAUGGUAAGAUACGGUGCCCGUUAUUCCUGGAUCGUAGAUCAUAGAUCGAGACACGCUAGUGCAGUCAUGGGGCCAUGCUGGCUUGACACCUUCCAGAGUCUACUUCCUUCAGGAUGGCAUUACAUCAUGUCCGGACUGAGUGACCUCCUCUUGACCACCGAUGACCUCCAGUCCUUCGCCUUGGCUAUCUUCAUCCUGGGUCUACUCUCCUUCACGGUGGGCUGCCUGGUUUGGGGGCUGCUCCGCAAAGGGGUGCCAGCCAAGAGGGGAACAGAGCGGCAUGGUGGGACCAGGAGGAGGUGUGGUACCAGGGGAGAUGAGGUUGCGUUUGCCGCAAUGGCUACGGGUGUAUCGGCAGGCCAUACAAAGAGAUGGAUUACACAUCGCAAACAUGAGCGCUUCUCAUCUAACAUGAGGAGGGACAGUCCCCGGCGCUCCGGUGGUGAGGUCAUCAUAUCUUGUAGGGAAAUCCCCAGGUCACAACCCUCCCUUUCCUGCAGGAGCUGCAGGCUUUUGCCAGCAAAGAGGAAGUGUAGGUAUAAGCAGUGUGGAGCCUGUUGCCGAGCUAACAAACUAUCGAUCUGUUCAGCCCAUGGGACAGGGGAUGUCAAAGCCAAGGGUAUGGUAGAGACUGCGUGUGGUGAAAAACCUGUAGAACUAGAUAUCAGUUACAUGAAUUUGAAAUACUGCCCUCAGCUGAUCGGGUAUGUUGGUCGUCAAUUGACUGUACUGAAUUUGUCUAACAAUCGCCUUGUCUCAUUGCCGGAAGAGAUCGGUCUGCUGGGCGGAUUAGAGCAACUCUUUCUGCAAUACAACUGCCUUGAAAAGCUGCCAAAAUGUAUCGGUAACUUCAGUCGUCUCCAGGAGCUUGACUGCAAGAACAACCACCUCCAAUCCCUGCCAUCCACCCUGGGACGGCUCUCAGUCUUGGUCAUUCUCAAUGUGACCAACAACCUGAUGACCGAAAUGACCAGUAGCGUCGGUCAGUUGACACACCUGGAGGAGCUCUGUGCCCACUCCAACCAGCUUACCGCACUCCCGGAUGAACUCUGCAACCUGGUCAAUCUGACCGCUCUCUAUGUUGGAGAGAACCGUUUGCACAGUUUACCCUCUUCCUUUGGGAGGCUUGUACGCCUGACUGAAUUAGAUGUGUCAUCCUGUGAACUAACCCACCUCCCUGCCUCUCUAUCAAGGUGUACAUCACUCAACAAAGUCUGGCUUUCAAAUAACAGGUUGACAUCCUUACCAGAUCAGAUAGGACGUCUUCACCUCCUCAAGGAACUGCAUGUCAGGAACAACCCUCUGGAGUACUUCCCUGCAUCUCUUUCAUACCUUCAACUUUAUACAUUCAGUGUAAAUCAUGACAAGCUUAUAGAUGAGUGGGACCAGCCUUCUCGAAAUAAGAUGACAUUCCAUCCUGAGACCAGUGUACCACCCUUACAGGAGCUAGCAGCUCGAUGUAUAUCAAGCAAUGGGCUCAACUGGAACGAGGGAGAUCUACCCGCAAAUCUAUGUGAAAUGCUGCGGAAUGUCCGACAGUGCUCUUGUUGCGAGGGCCCCUUCUUCACGUACUACAGCUCUGAGCUGGUCUUUGCCAACAUCGGUAUCUUUCAUCGUGUGCCACUAUACCAGCAGAUCUGCUCCCCGUACUACAACAUCCGCUGCCAGCCGGUUACCUGGAAUGACCACCAGGUCAACGACUGAUGAUCAUCAUCAAAAUUAAUGAUGAUAAUAGGCAUCUAUCAAUAUAUGAUAUAUUCCAAGGCACACUAUUAUUGUUAACCCGGCUUUAGCGCGAGCUUCCUUUUUCAUCGCUCGGUGCAUUCAAGGAAUUAAUCCUGCUGGGUACCUAUUUACCACACCUGGUUCAAGAGCAGCACAAUGUGAGUAAAUUUUUUCUGAUAGUGAUUGCUCUGGUUUGCACAGGGAUGUUUAUCUACUAUUGCCGUGGUGAACAGCGAGAUUGGAAAAAUAAAUAGGAGGCUGUUUUCUCUAUGUUCCUAAA